UUCACCUGUGCAAUGUGCCCGACAAAUGAAUGCUGAUUUGCAGAAUUUUCUCAAAACCCUCGCUUUCUUUGUAGUCUCAUUAAUCUCACCCACAUUCCGUUUGUCAUCUCUAACAAUGUGAAAAGCUAUCAAAAAUUAUUGUUAAGUGUUGUCGUGAUUUUGCUUGUUUUCAUAAAUAUCUCGAGACCACGAUGAGUGUUGCACUGCGAAUUAACCGAAAAUUAUUGGUAGUGGAUGUCUUCAAAAUAGGAUUUUGAAAAAGGAUUAGAGAGGUGUACCAUGGUAAGGAGGAAGCAAGAAAGAUCCAGAGGCAAAUUUACAAGUGAACAAAUGGCGGCAGCAGUUACAGAGGUUAAAAAAAAUGGAACUGCACUUCGCGUUGCGGCAGAUAUGAUUUGGCAUAAAUUUUAGCACAUUAAGGCGAUAUGUUCUAAAAGAAAAAAUGAUCCAAAUGCAAAAAUGGAGCCAAAUUAUGCUGUUAGAUUAGUAUUUAACACAGAUCAUGAGACGUCGCUGUGUGAUUAUAUUAAGAACUGUAGCAAAAUGGCUUUUGGGUUGAAUACUCUAAAAGUCAGGGAAUUGGCAUAUGGCAUGGCUGCUAAAAACAAUAUCACUAUGCCAAAAUCUUGGAAGGCCAACAAAUGUGCAAGCAAAGAUUGGUUAAGGGCAUUUAUAAAAAGAAAUUCAUCAUUAAGCCUCAGAAAGCCAGAAGGAUGUUCACUGUCAAGGCUUACUUCAUUUGCAAAACCCAAUGUUGACCGGUUUUUCGUAAAUUUGGAGCAAAUAUACGUAAAAUAUCCAUCAAUUGUUGAAGAUAUUCGCAUCUACAAUUUAGACGAAACUGCUACUACGACUGUCCAACGACCUCAUAAAGUUGUGGCACAAAAAGGUGUUAAACAGCUGAACCAGUGCACAAGCGCCGAAAGAGGAUUACUCACUACUACUUGUGCAAUAAUUCGAGCAAAUGGAACAUUUCUACCUCCGGCCAUUGUUUUUCCUCGUAAAGUUUAAUACGAUUAUGAUAAAUGGUGCUCCACCAGGAACAUUAGGACUAACUAAUCCAAGUGGAUGGAUGACCGCCGAACGAUUCACACAAGUACUAUAGUCCGUCCCACCUUGACUUUACAGUAUAGGGAACAUAGGCAAUGCAGUCUUUAUGAGAAUUUUUAGUGCGGUGAUGCCGAUUUUGUCAUAAAGAAUUUGUAGUCGAACAUUAGAGAGAUUAAAUUAAAACUACAAUAAGACUUGUCAAAAAGACCAUCUACAAUUUUUAGGAUUCGUAUGCGUUUAAGUUUAUUUGAUAUACUAUAGUUAUUACGCAUAUGAAUCCUAAAAUUGUAGAUUUCCUUUCUAAAACAGUAUUAAUUUAAUGUCCCUAAUGUUCGAUUACAAAUUCUUUUUGAUAAAAUCGGCAUCACCGCGCUAAAAACUCUCAUAAAGACUGCAUUGCCUAUGUUCCCUAUACUGUAAAGUCAAAGUGGGACGGACUAUAGAUCAUUUUAUUAAGCAUACUGGUGCUAGAAAAGAAAACCCGUGUUUAUUAAUAUAUGACAAUCACGAAUCCCAUAUGUCUCUGGAAAUAGCAGAAAAAGCAAAAGCUAAUGGCAUAAUAAUUUUAACCUUGCCCCCACAUACAAGCAAUAAAAUACAGCCUUUGGACAAAUCAGUUUUUUUUCCUUCAAAAACUAUUACAAUAGUGCGAUUGAUUCAUGGCUUCUUAACCACCCCGGCGUUCCUAUGACACUGUACCAAAUAGCAGAAUGUGCUGGUACUGCCCACUCAAAAUCAAUGACACCUGAAAAUAUUAUGAACGGCUUCAAAUCUACAGGUAUCUACCCUUUUAAUAAACAUAUUUUUAGUGAAACUGAUUUUCUAUUAUCGUCGGUUACUGCCAGACAGAUUAAUGAUUUUGAAAACUAUGACGGACAAAAAGCUAUGGUUGUACUAAGAGAUUCUACCAAUCACGAAGAAAAUGCAUCUGUAUUUUCAUCUUCAGUUAAUGUAGCUUCUACUUCAUCUAAUACAACCCAAGAAACUGAACCGAACUCAACUCUUGAAAUACCUUCGACAUCAAAAAAUUCUUUUAUUACCCCAUUCGACAUACGGGGUUUUCCUAAGGCCGCACCCAGAAAAAAUUCAAAUCGUAGACGGAAAUCAAGGAAAAGUGUCAUUUUAACUAGUACACCAGAAAUGAAAGACCUUUCUUAUAAAACGGAAGGUAAGAAAACCCCCACAACAGCAGCAGUUAAUAAAGUGAAACGAAAUAUUAGUAAAGCUUUAAGCACAAAAGCCUGUAAAAAGGACUCUCCCAGAAAAAAGACCAAGUCAGGUGAAAGUGAUUCAGAAACAGACUCCGGAAGUUUAGAGUUGGCAGACUCUUCAGAUGAUGAAUUAAGUUCUCCUAUGAUGCAGGAACAAAAGGAUGACUCAGAAUCUUACGCCAUUGCUGAAAAUACUGAAAUUUUAAAAGACUCUUUUGUGUUAGUGAAAUUUGAGAAGAACAUCCAUUAUGUAGCCAAAAUUUUGGAAAUUGUGAACUCUUAUGAAUUUAAAAUUUCAUAUUUGAGAAGAAGUACGAAAGUUUCCAAUUCAUUUUACUUCCCAGAUAUUCCUGACAUUCAUAUGGGUUUGAAAUCUGAUUUUGUUAUGUUAUUGCCAGCACCCAUAUAUACAAAAAACAAACGACUAUCUUGCUAUUAUAGAUUUGGUUUGGAGUUUAACAACUUCAUUGUACGGUAA